AGGGCUUACUACUAUUUCCAAGACUCGAGGUUCUUUUCGAUCGUAGCAAGAUGGGUAUUUCUCGAGAUCAUUGGCAUAAAAGGCGAGCAACUGGUGGGAAAAGGAAACCUAUUCGUAAAAAGAGAAAGUUUGAAUUAGGACGUCCAGCUGCGAAUACUAAGCUCGGAACUCAACGUAUUCAUACGGUACGUACACGAGGAGGUAACAAAAAAUAUAGAGCACUUCGUCUGGAUACAGGAAAUUAUUCGUGGGGUUCUGAGUGUUCUACAAGAAAGACACGUAUUAUCGACGUGGUCUACAAUGCAUCGAAUAACGAAUUGGUGAGGACAAAGACCCUGGUGAAGAAUGCAAUUGUCACCAUUGAUGCAACACCUUUCAGACAGUGGUAUGAAAGUCAUUAUGUUUUGCCGUUGGGUCGAAAACGAGGUGCUAAAUUGACCGAAGCAGAGGAGGAAGUUUUAAAUAAGAAACGUUCCAAGAAAGCAGAAGCUAAGUACAAAGUAAGACAACGUUUUGCCAAGGUAGAACCUGCCCUAGAGGAACAAUUUGCCACUGGACGUGUACUCGCUUGCAUAGCAAGUAGACCGGGGCAGUGCGGUCGAGCAGAUGGUUACAUACUCGAAGGAAAGGAACUUGAAUUUUAUAUGAGGAAGAUUAAAAGCAAAAAAGCUAAAUAAAAUGUGUAACUACAACAAGAAAAUAAAAAAACCGGUAUAAAGCAGAAACUGACUACACAUCCAUAAAUAAUACUGGGUAACUGACUUACAUAUCCUAUGCAUACUUAAAUAUUCCUAUAUAGUUGAUAGAUUUGGAUAAGUAAAUGUUUGAAAACGUGGACUGUAUAAAUGAGAUUACCGGUCGGGUAGAA